AUGAUAACAACAACAACCAAGGAGAUUAAAACCAAUACCAAGGAGAUUAACAACGAGACCAAGAUCAACAACAAGAGCAAAGAAAUAACUGACCAAACAAAAUCUGCUAUUGUUGAAGACACCAGAAAUCUCAGUGGAGAGAAAUCUCUUAGUAAAAGUAACGACAAAGAGACACCAGUAAAGGAUGAAAUCCCAACACCAGUUGAGACAUUAAAACUGACUGAAAUAAAGAAUACAAUAAAGUCAUUUUAUGUUGAUGAAUAUAACCUAAUUGACAAUGAUACUAAAAUUAGAGAUGAUGCUCUAAAUGAUCGUUUUGAAGAUCUAAAUCAGGAAGCCAACCUACGCGAAAUUUGUCUUUUAGGAAUCAAACUAUUGCGCAAUUAUUUAAAAGAUCCAAAUAAUAAUACUAAUUAUUUAAACAUAACCGGUAAAAUUGUAGAUAAGGUUUUGACGCAAACUAAUAAUAUAAAUGCGGGUAAAACUUUUGGAACUGAUGAAGAAUGGGAACUAUAUAUCGUCGAUAUUCCCCAUUUAAUGGCCAUGUAUGAUUUACUUGUCGAAGACGAUAGUUCUAAUUCUACUAGGUUAACUCAAUGCUAUGAAUAUAUUAAAAAAGUUAUAAACUCUAACAUGGAACCAAUCUACUCCAGACCUACUCCAUCUAAGACUGAUUUUAUAAAAAUUGGUACACCUUAUUAG